UCCGACGUGCUCCAUACCGGGACUUAGCCCCCCUCCUCCGCCGCCCACCCUCAGCCCUCCCUUCCUCUGAGCGCCUGUCAGCACGCGGCCGCAGACAAAACAAGCGAGCGAGGCGAGGCGCGGCCACAAUGAUCGCGCAAAUCGCCAAAGACAAUCCCGCGGCCAGCUGUCCCCGAGCCGAAGCGGCGCUGUAUCCGGACUCGCCCGCGUCCUCGGCGCCGGAGCACGGGCAGCUCUUCCUCCGCAGGCCCACGCAGACCAGCACGGGCAGCGCCAACCCGGAGGGAGGCAGCACGCAGCCGCUCGUCCCCUCCGCGACGGCCGCCGCUGUCAGCUCGGCCGCCUCGCGCACCAUGACGUCGUCGGGCGAGUUCGCGCCCUCCGCCGCCCCUCUCUUCGUGCCGAGCUCGCGCAGGAACCUGCUGUACAAGGUGCUGUGCUUCGUGGUGCUCGCCGUGCAGGGGGCCGCGCUCGACUUCUACCUCAUCGCCUUCACCGACCUGUACUGGUGCUCGUGGAUCGCCACGGACCUGGUGGUGCUGUCCGGCUGGGCCAUCUUCUUCGCCAAGAACAGCCGCAGCAAGCGCGAGCGCGCCUGCGGCUUCCGCCAGAAGGGCUCACUCUUCGGCUGCCGCCUGGGCGAGUUCGCCUUCGCCUACCUGGCCUGGCUCAUCUACGUGAUCGCGUGCGCGCCCAAGGUCGUGCUCAUCCUGGAGACGUCCAUCCUGGAGCUGAUCGCGCUGCGCGUGCCGCUCGGGGUCACGGGCUUCGAGCUGGCCGUGCUGCUCGCCGCGCCGCUGCUCUUCUGCCUCAUCAACUCGGUGGCGGAGGACCCGAACGGUGCCACGCGCCAUCACUCGCGCGGCUGCUUCACGGCCACGUGCAUGGACGUGCUGGACAGCUUCGCGCUUGUGGAGGCGUUCGUCAAGGGCGAGCUGCCCGCCGACGCGCGCUACCUGAAACACGCGGUGGUGGCGGCGCACGUGGUGGCACUGGCCGUACCUGUCGUGUGGCUCUACGAGCUGACGGCGUCGCGCGCGCGCUGCCGCUGGGCGUGGGCGCGCUUCCUGACCGGCGCGCUGGUCAACGCGCCGCUGCUGGCCAUCCGGUGCGUGCUCGUGCUGAUGUACCGCGCUCCCGUAUCGCUCUUCCUCUUCAAGAACGCCUUCUUCCUCUGCUGCGCGUGCCUCGACUUGGUUGAACAGUGCGUGAACGCGCGCAGCGCGCGGCGGCUGGCGGGCAACGCAGCCCAGGUCUCGCACUGCGUCUCGGAGAACGACAUGGGCCCGCACGGCUACGUCAACACGCUGGCGGUCAGCACGCAGCCGUAGAGGCGGCGAGACGUCUACCAGCUCCCUUCUUUUUCUCCAGAGGUCAUGGAACAUCAGCCUUAUGGAUGACGUCGCGUUCCAACAUCUUCAACAGGUGCUAUAACCAAACGACACGAGGUGCCAGCGAAGAACAGCCCCGCCCUAUUAACACCACCCACCCCCCUUGCAUUUCAUCCUUCCAUGCCCACCCCCUCACAUACAGCCCCUACAGACCAUACCCCACCUCUUACACCCACCACACCAGGGGUUUCAAACUCCUGCUCCUAGUGGGCCCAGCUCUGCAGAACUCUUCUGACAUUGGUGGCUGGCUUCCCAGACCUAAGAGUAAACCUAGAUUAUAUGAGACAUGUCUGGGAAACCAGCCCUUAAUGGUGAAACACCAAUGAUACUGCAGUUUCGGGUGAGACUAGACUUAAUCUACGUAUGAGAAAUCAACUUUAUCUCUAUCAGCUUCUUCCAUCUCAAAUGGCUCCGUGCUCCCUAUAUAGUGUCCUACAUAGGAAUUAAAACACUUGCUCCUGCACUCAAACAUCGCAUAAUAUGACUAAUGAAUGGCCAUUUGAGAUUAAGCCACGUGUGCACGAUUCCAUACUGGACCAAAAGUGCAAUUUUAGCUGUAGAAGCCUCAAUUUUAAAACUUGCAUACUGCAGCAUAAAAGAAGGAGGGAGCCAUUUGAGAUAUAGAUUCAGAGUUCAGCUCAGGAGGGCUUAGUUCUGGAGAUGAUGAGCUGAAUCAGGUGUGCUUAAUGAGGUAGAACCAUAGCCAGUUUAAUGGUAGCCUGGCCACUUGGUAUUUAUGCCAUUAUUAAAAAAAGACUAUGAAACGCUAGAGGGCGCCUGCAAAUGAUUACUCAGUGAAUGGAGUGCAGGAUGAUGUAAAGAUGAAAAAAACCUUUCUAGCCAUUUUUGUGUGAACAUCCUUUCAUAUUGGAAGGUAGAAGGAUGUACUCCUUCUAAUAAAUAAAAGAAAACUCAGCAAUAUAUUUCUGCAUUUCUACAGCAAAUAGCAAACUAAAAAGCUCAUUGGCUGAACAAAGCAGUUUGCAAUCACUGAUGUCAUGAACAUACAUUAGACACUGUACACUUGAAGCUCAGAAAUAUGACAGCAGCAUUGAAACCUUUGAUUCACACAUUAAGCAUUUAAAAACUGAUUUUACACAACUGCUCCACAGGAACCCAUUCGUUUUGGACUUGCUUAGGAGUGCCCUCUAGUGACUGAGAAACCCGGAAGCAAUUAUUAGGUGGUAGUUUUUCCUCCCAUGAAAUUUCCUGGUAGAACCCUAAACUCUAAAAUGCUGCAGCCCACCAGAUCUGGAGUCUGACACAUGUCCUGCAUGUUCCCUUCUGUAUCCAAACCCACCCUCUACAUACCCCACUCUCCACAUCACCCUACUAAAGGGCAGUGUUUACAAAUGGCAGAGAGUAGCAAUUGCAUUUUAUUAGCAUUGUGACAAAAUGAGAAAAACAGAGUCAGGUGUCCAUUAAAGUUGAUCUUGGAUUAGAUUUGCUCAAGCAAUUACGUUGAUUCUAAUCUGAUGGGUGGUUGCUACGUCCAUUGCACUGAUAUAUGGAGAGCUGUUUUCUGACAAGAAGCAUGCAGACAGCAAAAUCCUCCAUUGACAUUUUUAAAUAUUGGACAACAGCAUGAUGCCAAGAAGAGGCUGGUGAAAUGCCAUCAAGUACUGCUAUUCCUUUUACUUCAGCUGUAUUACCUCACAGCCAGCAUACACUGUUAAUGUCAACUGUAAUGUGAUCAAAGCUAAUAACAGAGCAUCCAGAUAAUGGAUUAUGUGAUGGAUGUGACAUUAUUCUGCCAUACACUUUAUUGUGAAAUGCUGCCACUGACCCCAACCCCCAUACACCCCUAACCUACCCACUCCAUUUCUCCCCUUCUGUACCAAAAUCCAUCCUCUACAUCCCCACAUUUCUCCUGCCGGAGCCCCUACUUCCCACUAACUCACCAGCUCAUCUUCGUGAACAAUUCUUUGCUCAUUAGUGCAGUUUUUUUUUAUUUGCACUUGUAUUGUGAGGCACUUUAAUUAAUGGUGUGAGAACCAAAUUGUUACAGAUGUGCUGUAUGGAAAAGCCAGUGCUUUAUUUGCUAGGCCUACAUUGAAAAUGUCUAACAUUUCAAACAUUUUCUACUAAAUGUGAGGUAAAGUCUCCCAGUCAUUGACAUGUCGGACACAUCGUCUGUGGAUGUAUUUUUAAAAUGCACUUAUCAAAGGUGUACCUUGUGCCCUGCUAGACUCGGUGUGUGUUCCAGAUAGUGACCGUUUUGUAUUGUUUACUCUGUUCCAAUUUGAAAGGAAUGCAAAGGGUGGUACUUGUGAAUGAAACAAAAAUGCAUUAAGGUGUACGAUACGGGCUUGUGAUGAUUGCUAUUACCUUUAGCGAUAAACACUGCUACUUUGUGAAUAGCGCUACCUACCUAGGAAAGAUGUAAUCCGUCUUUUGAACUUAUGCUCCUCUAACAGUGGCCUCGACGGGCUGUAUUACAGUAGUGGCAUCUCAUCAGUCUCUACCCAGAACUAGGCUACCUCUCUAUACACGAUCCUACUGCUCAUUUUUCAAGCCACGAGCCAGCUGAUUUAUCGGUUCUGUUUCCGAUCCAUCAUUCAUUUCAGCAGAUGAAGGCUAUUUAGGCUACCGCAGUAACACAGCUCUGUGUGCAGGAAAGCAGAUCAAUGGAAUGUAAGUAGUUACAGUAUAAAUUUGCCUGUGCAUGCAAAAAAAAUGUAUCUAGCUCAGAACUUGGAUAAACAGAGUCAGGGUUCAAGCUGUACCAUAGUAGGUCAGUCACAGGAAGCAAGGAAAGAAAUGUAAGCAAAUCUCACUCGAAUGGAAAACCCCUUCUUUUGUAACUCUUCAGUUUUACAUAAUUGCACUUGUCUAACAGGCAGUGUUUCAAACCAGGGUGCUUUCAAAACCUGUCUGGUUGGUACAGCUCCAAAUAAGUUGUGGUGAUAUAUCAACGCUGUCAUGAUAAAACCUUGUAACUCCAUUUUUUUGUACGCCAUUUGAAAAUGCCAGCUGCCCUUUACGUUAUGUGAACAAUUCAGGACGAACUGACCAACAGAAAAAGUCAAACUUGGAAUAAAUUCUUAUGUUAACCUAUAAAUGAUUUGUCCUGUAAAGUUACCAAGGAGGUGCAAGGUUUUGUUACAAACAGCGACAAUAAAAUGGAUGAUGAAGGCAGAUUGUUAGACCAGUCACAAACUACUGUGCAUCUUAACUCCGUCAUCAUUCACACUUUCAGAUUAGAGAAGGAGGGGAUGGGGAGUUAUAUAUGCAGGCCGAAAGUGCAUUAACAAAAGUGGGAUUUUUGUGCCUCACCGUGCAAUAUGAAUAUGUUUAAAAUACUAAUUUAUUAAACAUGUAUAUCAGAAGUUUACUUGUGGGCAUAUGAACUUUUCAUUCUGUGUCUAUCUGCAGUGCAUACACCUUCAAAUGUUUUACAGAAGACUCUGCCACAAGGGCUUUAAAUUACUCAGUUUAUUUACAUUAUGUUUGUACGAGACAUUUUUUGCACUAUUAAAAUCCUGGCAUCUUCUUGUUGAAAGAGAAAUGGCAAAAUAUGCCAAAGCUUAAAGGGGAAUUCCACAGAUUUCUGUGUAAUUAAGAAUGGUUUGAUGUAAAACGUGCUUAAUCAGAGUUGAUCACAGAGGUGGUGAUGGGAACGAGAUGUCUGAUAAAUGGAAUGCUUUUCUAAAAGCUCUCUCACAGAAAGAUAUAACUAGAGAGGUUGCGAAUACACUGCCAGAUGUCUGAGAUACUGUUUUAAGAUUUGAUUAUGGCCUGAAUCAUAUUAGCCAUUUAUUUAUUGGGUACAGUAGGAGCAUCAUUAUAAAACAUAUUUUUUCAGAAUUACUACUGUUCUACCAUUAUUAAUAUUAUGUGUAUUAUCAUUGGAGAUGUGUAGGUUCAUAUUGGAUGGUAAAUUAAAUGGCUAUUUGCAUUGUAAGCAUCACACCCUUAGUUCCUGUCAACACCACUGUAAAGAAAUCUGAGUCCGUUUUCUCUACGAUGAAUUUCAGAUUAAACCUCUCUGAAUGACAUUGUUCAUAUUGACAUUAAAUUGCGUCAAAAAUUGGGCAAAACGUUGGAAUUCUUCUUUAAACCUGGAAUGAGGGAAAGGUAUUCUUCUCUUUUCUUUUUCAGACUUCUACAGUAAAUUCCAGUAAAAAAAAAAGCACACAACAAAGACAACCAAAGAAUGCUGCUUUUGAGUUAUGUUAUUAGGAAUGUACAUUCAAAGGCCCAUGUGAUGAACACCUUAUUCUUCCAGACCUACAUAAAUCUAACUACAUGAAGAGUAAAAACUACUGACCUACUUAUACAUUUGCUUUUACAUGAAAAGGUAAUUAUCUAUUAUUUACAGAGGAAUACAUGCAAUAGGACAGAAAUGAACAUUGUGUACAUUAAAACUUGUGUGUUCCUUGUGAUGAAAAAUGAGUUCCCAAAAUAAACUUUGUGCUGUGUCCAUAUAACCAAAUCAGUGUACAA